UCGACACUAUCAGUCAUGAGCGUGCUGGAGGUGAAGUUUAUCGGGGAUGGAGAUGUUGUGGAGCACAUCGUGGACAAACAGGAGGCUGUGCAGAGUAACACCGGCUCUGUUCAGAGGAUGGUGGCCUUUAAGAGCCCAGCUGGACGACGACGAGGGGCCAGAGAGGACGCAGAGGGCUGUGAUGAUGAACAUGGAGUCCUGGAUGAGCAGAACUAUGUCCAAGCUUUAGGGACAUACCAUACAGAAGAAGAUGAGGAGGGUUUGUCCAGAGUGGCAGGAGCCUCCAUUUUCACCUUUCAGAAGAACAAACGUGCCCACAGCAUGGCUCAGACUGCGAGUGAGUUAGCACGGACGCCUGGGAAAAGUGUGACCUUCAGCGCAGCCCCGAUCGCUGAGCCCUCCACCCCAACCCGAACAGGCCGCAACCAAAGAGGUGAAAGCAGGACACCACAAAGGAAUAAAAAGGUGCGGUUUGUCUCUACGACACCUCACAGGCUCAGGAAAAGAUUGACAACUCCAAACCUCCGGUCAGACAGCGACAGUGAGCUGUCACCCUCAGACUCUGGGGAAGAGGAGGAGGAGGAUGAAGACGGGAUGGAGGAAGAGCAGAAAUUGAAAAAAGAGGACAAGGAGAACCUAAAGACUCCAAAAACACCUAGUAAAGGUUUAUCUGCAGCUCUCUACAAGACUCCCGCCAAAAAGAGCAAGAACACCCCUGAAUCCCUCGACCAGCCCACUUUGAUUGAGGAGUACUUUGAGGCCCACAGCAGUUCAAAAGUCUUAACAUCAGACCGCACCCUCGAGCGAUUACACACCCCUAAACUCGACAGGGAGACGCUGGUCCGGCUUUUAGAAGGAAAACUGCCCUGCUACUCGAAAGAGGUCCAGCAGCUCCACAACAGACACAGAAAGCACUUUAGCAAAUGGAUGUUACAGUUACAGUUGGGGUUCAGUGUGCUCGUCUACGGUUUGGGCAGCAAAAAAGCUCUGCUGGAGGACUUCCGUGCAUCUCACUUGUCUGAAGAAAUCCACAUCGUGGUCAACGGAUUUUUCCCUUCCAUCACUCUGAAAUCGAUCUUGAAUGCUCUGACGUGUGAGGCUCUAGAGUACCAGGGAAGUUUCCGAACACCCUCUGACCAGAUCCAAUACAUCUCUCAGACCCUUAAAGAAAGUCCGGAUCUCCAUGUGUACCUGCUAAUCCAUAACAUCGAUGGAGCCAUGCUGCGAGGAGAGAAGACCCAGAGUGCACUGGGGCAGCUUGCAUCCCUGCCCAACCUACACUUGGUGGCUACUAUUGACCACAUCCAGGGUCCACUGGUGUGGGACCAGUUUAAGCAGAGUCAGUUUAACUGGUUGUGGUGGGAGUGUGUGACGUUCCAGCACUACUCGGAAGAGACGUCGUAUGAAAACUCUCUCCUGGUGCAGCAGACUGGUGCUCUUGCUCUGUCCUCACUUACACACGUGCUCCGCAGCUUGACAUCCAAUGCAAGAGGAAUUUUCAAACUGCUGGUGAAAUUUCAGCUGGAAAACAAAGACAAUCCUUCAUACGCAGGAUUGUCGUUCCAAGACUUCUACCAGCGUUGUCGAGAGGCGUUCUUGGUGAACUCUGACCUCACGCUGAGGACUCAGCUGACCGAGUUCAGAGACCACAAGCUCAUACGGACACGCAAGGGUGCAGAUGGAGUGGAGUACCUGAUUGUCCCUGUGGACUCAAACACACUGAUUGACUUCCUGGAGAAUGAGGAGGGUGACUGAGAAGAAAAAGGCCCUCUCCGACUUUUAUCAACUAAUGAUCAUGGACUGACUUUCCCAAGGAAACGGAUACAGUACUUCUGUUGAAUCAAGUCACAUAUAUGA